AACAACACCACAACACACCUACUCUACAACUUACUCAGCUUAAACUUUCUUAAAGGAUUGUGAAUCAUAAUACUUUGUUGUGAAAAAUAGAAAAAGAUUAAAAAAAGAGAAGAAAAAAAUCCAUUCAAAAUGGUUUUAGUAUUGAAUGGUGUACUACAAGAUGAUUGUCCUAUGGACACAACAAGUCUUUUUAUGCAACAUCCUGUCUACAGAGAUUAUGCACAACAAUUGUUAUCAAUACCAACUAAAUCAGUUGGUCCAGUGGGUCUUCUAUACGUAGGUCAACGUGAAAUGGCAGCAGCAGCUCCGCACGAUAAGAAUAUCAAUAUAAUUGGUACAGAUGAUGCCACCACCUGUAUUAUUGUUGUGGUCAGACAUUCAGGUUCAGGUGCUGUGGCUUUAGCUCACUUUGAUGGUACUGGCAUCGAUGAAGCUGUUUGCACAAUGGUGGCUCGUGUUCAGGAGUUGGCUUUGGGUUAUCCAGAGGGACGUAUUGAAUUACAAUUAAUUGGUGGCUAUCGUGAUCCCCAAAGCUAUGGUGAAGAAGUUUUCUACAAUAUAAUGCAAUCAUUCCACAAACAUCAUCUUGAAAUUGAUUUAACACAAGCCUGCGUUGGUGAAUUAAACACAAUAUUACGUGGUGAUAUCAAUUGUCCCAUAAUUUAUGGUGUUGGUGUAAAUAUUAAAACUGGAGAAAUAUUUCCAGCCACAUUUCCGGAGCGAGGUCCAGAUCGGGAAUUAAGAGAUGCACGCAACUUUAUGGGAUCACAAACGGUUUUAGAUAUCUACGAUGCCUCUUUGGGUUUAUUGCGUAUAGGUCCGUUUAAUUAUGAUCCCUUACGUGGUGCCGACUUGUGGUUGGCUCAAACAGAUGAAUUUCUUUUGCAGCAUUUAUCCACCAGUCCGGAUGUGGAGCCACCACAUUUUGCUUUAAAUGUAAGGGCCACUAUUAAAUUUAUACAAGAAAAUCAAUUUCCUGCUAUUACGAUAUUUCGAGAUAAUCGACCUCGCUAUUAUAGGCGCGAUGAAUCUACAGGUUGCUGGACACUGAUUUUAGAUUGAAAAUCAUUUAACAAUCAUACAAUAUUUUGAUACAAAAGAGAACUGCUUUUGGAAUGCGCCUUAAAAUGUGGAUUUAAAAUCUUUGAAAAAAUCUAAAUCUUAAUAAAAAUUGUUUAAUUUAAAUCUAAAUCAAAUUAUUUAGUUAAAAUGUAUAAGAAUUUAUAAACGACACUACUGUACUCUUAAAAAAAAUAAAGAAAAAACUACAA